GAUUUUUUUUAAAGAAUGACAUAUUUUUUAUUUUUAUUUUGUUUAGAACGAAAUCUUGACAACUUGAAGAAGGAACUCGAGGUCGAUGAUCAUAAAAUACCAGUAGAAGAACUUUACAGGAGAUACACGACUGAUCCCGACCGAGGUUUAACAACAGCUAAGGCCAAAGCUAAUCUUGAGAGGGAUGGAUUAAAUGCUCUGACCCCUCCUCCGAAGACCCCAGAAUGGAUCAAGUUUAUGAAAUGUCUGUUUGGUGGAUUUGCUCUGCUCCUCUGGCUGGGAGCAAUCCUUUGCUUUGUAGCAUAUACGAUCCAGGCGCUGACCCUGGAAGAACCUCCUGAUGAUAACCUGUACUUGGGCAUUGUACUCACCACUGUUGUUGUUAUUACUGGUGUUUUCUCAUAUUAUCAGGAGUCUAAAUCUUCAUCAAUUAUGGAAUCCUUUGCCAAUCUAGUUCCCCAGUAUGCCCUGGCAUACAGGGACGGAGAUAAAGUUACCAUUAAAGCAGAGGAGCUUGUUGUUGGAGAUAUUGUGGAGAUCAAGUUCGGAGACAGGGUUCCAGCAGAUAUAAGGGUUCUUGAAGCUCGCUCUUUUAAGGUUGAUAACUCCUCCCUUACUGGAGAAUCUGAACCUCAAGCUAGGUCUCCUGAAUUCACUCAUGAGAACCCUCUGGAGACUAAGAACCUUGCAUUCUUCUCAACCAAUGCAGUUGAGGGAACAUGCAAGGGAUGUGUUAUCAGCUGUGGGGACUACACUGUUAUGGGUCGUAUUGCUGGUCUAGCGUCUGGACUAGAUACCGGAGAUACACCUAUUGCCAAGGAGAUUCAUCAUUUUAUCAAUCUGAUCACAGGAGUGGCUGUUUUUCUGGGAGUCACCUUCUUUAUUAUUGCAUUUAUUCUGGGAUAUCAUUGGCUUGAUGCAGUUAUUUUCCUGAUUGGUAUCAUUGUAGCUAAUGUACCUGAAGGUCUUCUUGCAACAGUAACUGUCUGCUUGACUCUAACUGCAAAAAGAAUGGCAUCUAAGAACUGUUUGGUGAAGAAUCUUGAAGCCGUUGAGACACUUGGAUCAACAUCGACAAUUUGUUCUGAUAAGACUGGAACCUUAACACAAAAUAGAAUGACAGUUGCCCACAUGUGGUUUGACAACCAAAUUGUGGAGGCUGACACCUCUGAAGAUCAAUCUGGAAAGAGCUUUAACAAGAAUGGCCAAGGCUGGAAAGCUUUGGAACGUGUUGCUAUGCUCUGUAACAGAGCUGAGUUUAAACCUGGCCAAGAACAAGUUCCAAUUCUUAAGAGAGAAGCAAAUGGUGAUGCAUCUGAGACUGCACUUCUGAAGUGCACAGAACUAUCCCAUGGAAAUGUUUUGGACUUUAGGAGGAAGAACAAGAAAGUAUGUGAGGUUCCCUUUAAUUCUACCAAUAAGUUCCAAGUUUCUAUUCAUGAAACGGAUGAUAAUGACCCAAGAUACCUCUUGGUUAUGAAAGGAGCCCCUGAAAGAAUUCUAGAUCGAAGCUCUACCAUAUCUGUGGACGGAAAAGAUCUAGAAUUAACUCAGGAAUGGAAGGACAGAUUUACAUCUGCAUACAUGGAGCUUGGAGGGCUUGGAGAGAGAGUUCUAGGAUUUUGUGACUAUCGUCUGGACAAAGAAAAGUUUCCUGAUGGUUAUCCUUUUGAUGCUGAUGAUAUUAACUUCCCCGUUGAUGGAUUAAGAUUCGUUGGUAUUAUGUCCAUGAUUGAUCCUCCAAGAGCAGCUGUUCCAGAUGCGGUCAGUAAAUGCCGAGCUGCUGGUGUAAAGGUUAUCAUGGUUACAGGAGACCAUCCAAUCACAGCUAAAGCUAUUGCCAAGUCUGUUGGUAUUAUUUCUGAGGGAAAUGAGACUGUUGAUGACAUUGCUGCAAGACUAAACAUACCUGUAUCAGAAGUAAAUCCCCGAGAUGCAAAUGCUGCUGUUGUCCAUGGUGGUGAACUAAAAGAACUGGAUUCUGAUGCCCUUGAUGAUAUUUUAAAGUACCAUAGUGAAAUUGUAUUUGCUAGAACCUCACCCCAGCAGAAACUGAUUAUUGUGGAGGGCUGUCAACGUCUUGGUGCCAUUGUUGCCGUCACAGGUGACGGUGUUAAUGACUCUCCUGCGCUAAAGAAGGCUGAUAUUGGUGUAGCCAUGGGUAUUGCUGGGUCUGAUGUUUCCAAGCAGGCAGCUGACAUGAUCUUACUUGAUGACAACUUUGCCUCCAUUGUUACUGGUGUUGAAGAAGGUAGACUGAUUUUUGAUAACUUGAAGAAAUCCAUUGCCUACACGUUGACGUCCAAUAUUCCUGAAAUCACUCCUUUCCUCCUGUUUAUCUGUGCUGAUAUUCCUCUACCCCUUGGAACAGUUACAAUCCUGUGUAUUGAUCUUGGAACAGACAUGAUCCCGGCCAUCUCAAUGGCUUACGAAGAGGCUGAAUCAGAUAUUAUGAAAAGAAUGCCAAGAAACCCCUUUACUGACAAACUUGUCAAUGAAAGAUUAAUUUCUGUUGCAUAUGGUAUGAUAGGAAUGAUCCAAGCUGCUGCUGGAUUCUUUACAUACUUUGUUAUACUAGCAGAAAAUGGAUUUUUGCCUUCUUACUUGUUUGGUCUAAGAAGAUCUUGGGAUGCCAAGGCAAUUAAUGAUCUUACAGAUUCCUACGGUCAAGAAUGGACCUAUAGGGAUAGGAAGAUUCUUGAAUACACCUGCCAUACUGGUUUCUUUGUUUCUAUUGUUGUUGUUCAGUGGGCUGACCUCAUCAUUUGUAAAACUAGGAAACUUUCAGUUUUCCAGCAGGGUAUGAAGAACUGGAUCAUGAACUUUGGGUUGGUGUUUGAGACCUUACUAGCAGCGUUCUUGUCCUACACCCCCGGUAUGGACAAGGGAUUAAAGAUGUACCCUCUCAAGAUCAACUGGUGGUUCAUCGCCGUACCCUUCUCCAUCCUCAUCUUUGUAUUUGACGAGGUCAGGAAGUACAUCCUGCGUAUACGUCCAGGAGGAUGGGUGGAACAGGAGACCUACUACUAAACACGUGGUAUUCCCGAGUUUCACUGAACAUGUGCUCUGUUUGACACGUGUUCUAGUUUUCAGAAAACCCCAGCUAGGGAUCGACCUGAAACCACAAAUACUCAAUGUAGAUAAAAGUCUUUUGAGACUUUAGCCAAGCAUUUGAUCAUGGUUAACAUGUGAUAUUUGAAUAAAUUAUUGCAAAUUAUA